AUGGCGGCAGCCCCGGACGAGGACAUCGCCCGCAAGGGCCGUCGGUCGCUGGCGGGCGCGGCGGGCAGCGCGGUGCACGCGGCGUCCGAGGACAUCCUCAACGUGUCCUUCCUGCUCGCGCACACGGCGUUCUCGUACUAUCGUGUGGCCUUCGGCCUCGAGCUGCGCGGCCCGUGGGGAGCGUUGAGCUGCUCUCGCGGCCGGGGGAAGCAGGGCACGGUGGCGAAUUGUGCGCAUUUUGACUUCUUGGAGCCUCUCGACUCGGUCUUGGUCUGGUCCGCCAGCCUGGCCGUGCGCAUCUCCCUGGUGCUCUUCCUGGCCAGCUGGGCGGGAGUCGUGUACCAUGGGCCUGGCCGCGUCCCCCGCAAACAGGAGCGCGGCAGCGACCUUCCCCCGGCGAUGGUUGCGGCGUUCGAGGUGGGCAAGUUCAACACGCAGCGGCCGUUCUGCGCGUCUGACGGCUGGUGUGAUAGAUGCGAUCUCUGGAAGCCCGUGCUUGCACACCACUGCAAGCUGUGCCAGCAGUGCGCAAUGUGGAUGGACCACCACUGUACGUGGUGUGCAUGCUGCAUCGGCUUCCGGAACUUCCGGUGCUUCAUCGUGUUUCUGUGUUACGGGCAGGUGUAUUCGGCGUUGGUCACGCUGCUGGCUGCCCGUUACACGCUGAGCGAUCGCUCUGGGCUCGAUUCUUGGAGCCAGCUGCGCCUCUUGAUUUUCUGGCCCACGGCGCUCCUGGCCAUCCGGCGGAUCCACGUGUACCGCAAGGAGGCGCUCUGGAGGGUUGGCGCCGGCUGGUGCUCUGGGGUGUUGAUGCUGAAGUUCGAGGCUGUAAUGGAGGCCACUCGCCGGGUGGCCGAUUCUGGCUGGCGUCGCCAGGACCUGAUCGCCCUGGCGUGCAGGCUGUACAUGCCAGGGGGCCUGGGAGUGCGAGGUCCCCUUGGGCUGCCCCUUGCCCGCAUCAUCGGCAACCUGGCCACCGUCUUCGGCGAGCCCCCGUGUCCUCGCUGGCUCCUCCCCUGCGUCCCCGGCGGGAGCGGCGACCCGACCCGCCCUGGCGCGUACGACGCCGAGGUCUGUGCCGACUGGGCGGCGCUGUGCCGGCUGCUGGAGGAGCACCGCCAGGAGUGCGGCGGAGGCGUGGACGCCCCCGCCGAGAGCCCGUGCGACCGAACGGGGCCGGAGGCGCGCGCCCUCGCGGGCGACCCGGAGGUGCGGGCGCCGCCGGCGCGGGCAGCGGGGCCCGCCGCACGGGAGCCGGCGUGCAGCGCGUGAGUGCUCCGAGCGGCCCCCCGGGCCGCCGCCGUGCGCAGGCGGUGGCCCGGAGGCCUCUCUCUGGGGGGACACGCCCGACUUCACUCUCGGAGGGCCUGCGGGAGGCCUCCCGGAGCGUGUGCCGCGCGCCGCGGCGGUGGCGAGUGCCGGGUGCGAAGGGGCCGCCUGCCGCGGCUACUGGCCAGGCACGUCGGCGACGCGCUGGCACCUGCAGCUGCCCGAGCUCCACGCGAGGGGGAAAAAGCAG